GACUUCCCCCUCUCCCGUGACAUCAUGAGAAGUUUUUGGAACAUUAUUUCUCUGGUUACUCUGUUUCAUACUCUUCCCUGGGCCUCCAGUCACAGUCCGAACCCAUUCGCCGGGCCUGAAGUGACACCGACGGACCCUUGCUAUGACGAGACGGGCGAUGCCCGCCGAUGUGUCCCAGAGUUCAUCAAUGCAGCGUUCGGCCAAGAGGUCACUGUGUCGAGCGCAUGCGGCCAGCCACCGUCUCGCUCCUGCAGUAUAGUGGAACGCGACGACCGUCCUGCGGUGCGCACGUGUCAGGUCUGCGACGCAUCGGACCCUCGCCACGCCCACCCUGCCUCCUACCUCACAGACAUAAGCUCCGCCCACAACCUCACCUGCUGGCAGUCGGAGAACCUGCAGGGUUCGCCGCUCAACGUCACGCUCACGCUGUCGCUCGGGAAGAAGUUUGAGAUCACGUACAUCAGCCUUCAGUUCUGUUCCCCACGGCCCGAAUCGCUGGCCAUCUAUAAAAGCAUGGAUUAUGGUCGCACUUGGACGCCUUACCAGUUCUACUCAUCUCAGUGCCGUCGCAUGUACAACCGACCCAACAAAGCAACGAUAACCAAGCAGAACGAGCAGGAAGCUUUAUGCACGGAUGGACACACCGAUCUCUACCCGCUUUCCGGCGGCCUUAUUGCUUUUAGUACACUGGACGGUCGCCCUUCGGGGAAGGAUUUCGACUCAAGCCCUGUUCUGCAAGACUGGGUGACAGUCACAGAUAUUCGAGUGGUCUUCAGUCGCCCACAGCACUCUAGAGCUUUGCCCAUGUCGGGACGCGAGACCAAAGACCCUCUCGGGUCUCCUGGAACCCUGCCUACUUAUUACUACGCGGUUGGUGACUUCCAAGUGGGCGGGAGGUGUAAAUGUAACGGACACGCCUCCAGGUGCACGCGAGAGAGGGAUGGGAAACUGGUGUGUGAAUGCAAACACAACACAGAGGGUCCGGAGUGUGACCGCUGCAAACCGUUUCACUACGACCGGCCCUGGCAACGCGCGACAGCGAAAGAAGCCAACGAGUGCUUGCCAUGUCAUUGUAACCUGCACGCGCGGCGCUGUCGCUUUAACAUGGAGUUGUAUAAGCUCUCGGGCCGUAAGAGUGGAGGAGUGUGUAUGAACUGCAGACACAAUACCGCCGGACGCCACUGCCAUUACUGCAAAGAGGGAUUCUACAGAGAUAUGGACAAACCCAUCACACACCGCCGAGCCUGCAAAGCAUGUGACUGCCAUCCGGUGGGAGCUGCAGGCAAAACGUGUAACCAGACGACGGGUCAGUGCCCGUGUAAAGACGGGGUGACUGGCAUCACAUGCAACCGCUGUGCUAAAGGGUAUCAGCAGAGCCGAUCGCCCGUCGCCCCAUGCAUUAAAAUCCAUGUUAUAAAGCCGACGGCAGUGGUCAGCACUACAGAGGAGCCUGCAGAUUGUGACUCGUACUGUAAACCACUGAAGGGAAAUCUCAAGAUAAACAUGAAGAAAUACUGCAAAAAGGACUACGCUGUCCAGGUCAGUGUGUUGGACAUGGAGACCGUCGGAGAUUGGGCCAGAUUUUCGGUCAGCCUGGUGUCUGUGUACAAGAGCCGUGGAGAGCCGCUGAAGAGAGGCGAUCACGUGCUGUGGGUCCAUAUGAAGGAUCUGGCGUGCAAAUGUCCACGGAUACACAUGAGCAAACGCUUCCUCAUCCUGGGCACGAGCGAGGGCAGCGUGACCCCCGAACGCCCGGGACUACUGGUCGACAAAAACAGCCUGGUCAUUCAGUGGAGGGACAUUUGGACUCGACGACUGCGCAAGUUCCAGCGCAAAGAGAAGCGAGGCAAGUGCAGCAAAGCAUGAUGGGAUGCCAGGGGACUCUUUAUUAGUGACCACUGUCCUGUGUAUGCGGGAGACUGCGAACAUAUCUGCGUUAUUCGAUGUCGUCCUGUAAAGGGACGUUCUGAUCACACACCACUGAAUCUCACAAACACACACACGCUGCAGUUCCUCUCCAAGCCACAGUUUAAUCAAUCAAUUAUGAAAUACGUCCUCAGAUUACAAAUGAGGGGAACGUUUCUGUCCGCAUCUGGUUCGGUUCUUCUAGUCUCUGUGGCCUUCAUCAGAUGCUCUCUCUGGGGUUCACCACAUGCUGCUCAAUUCACUUCUGAAAACCUUAAAAUCUUCAUCAUCGUCAUCAUCGGCCUGGAUCAUUUCACUUUUGAAGACCUUUUUAAGCACGCUCAUAUCUGUGGGCUGUGUUGUGCAUGUGGAUUAUUUGAUAUUGAAGGAUCUAGUGCAGAAUAGAGUGAAUGUGUGCAUUAGCGUACAGAAACAUACUCAAGUAUGCAAAUGCACGAAAGCUUGGCAUUGGUUUCAUUGUGCAUUUUUAACAUGCUUUUUUGAGUUACUGUGGCAGGAACAAAUGUCUGUCAUUAAAGGGAUAUUUCACCCGAAAUUUUGUCAUCAUUGGCUCACUCUCAUGUCGUUCCAAACUCAAAGUGUGUUACUCUAUUCUGUGGCACGCAAGAAAACUGAGAAGGUUAUUAGUGAAUAAUGACUUUUUAAAGGCUUCAUAUGGCCUUAGAAGACUUGGAUUAUAGUCCAUAGGAGUUGCAUGGAAUACUCUUGUGUGUUUGUUUGUGACGGCCAAAGUUUUCAUAUAUUCUCCUUUUGUUUUCUAUGGAAAAUACUAAUGUAUGAGAUAUGAAUGACAUGAGAUUUGGUGAAAAAGCUGGUAACGGUUGAUUACAAUUUUGGUAUUCUUUUUAAAGGGAUUGUUCACCCAAGAAAC